AUGUACUACGGCCUGGAGGCCCUGACCCACAACCUGUCCGAGGGCACCACCGUCGUGGUGUGGGUGAACUUCGCCGUGCACAGUGCCAACUCCAUCGUCGUGUGGGUGGACCUGCUGCUGUGCCAGCCGCGGUCCUUCAGUGCCAGGGCCCAGCGCUGGACGGUGCUGUUUGUGGCCCUGUACUGCAUCUGGAUUGUGCGCAUCAAGACUGUGCGGGGCGCCUUCCCUUACCCCUUUCUGGAUGAGCUGGCCAAGACGGUUCCGUUCCCCUACAAUUUCCUGAUGGUCGCCGCUGGUGGGGUGUGCAUCAUCUUCACGAUGUUCAGACUCGGUCGGUUCCUCAGCGGCCGGAUCACCCUGUCACUGGGCAGGGCCGAGGACUGCGAUCAGAUGGAGGUUAGGGGAGAGAUAAAGGUGGAUUGA